UAUCGCAUUGUGCAAGAGAUUAACAGUAACUUUAGACUAUUAAUAGCUAAUCGUGAGAAUUUGCCUGAUACGUUCUUGCUGCUGACUGCAUUUUUUCCCAUUGUUUUCCUUUCACAGGAGACAUUGGAUUUAACCUGUAGAAAAGCCCCAUGCUUUGUGAAAUUCUCAGAGAUGGAAAAAAUGGCAAACAUUCAAGCUGAAAUCAACGAGAAGAAACUGAAAACUGAAAUUCUGCAGCUGGAGAAGGAGACAGCAGACAUUGCGCACCCUUUUUACUUAGGCAAAAAAUGCGAGAUUUUGCAAGAUAUGAACAGACACUUGGAAGCCAUACUGAAAGAGAAGAGGGCUCUUAGAAAGAGGUUGAUAAAGCCCAGAUGUCAAGAGAGCCUGCCUAUUGAGGCUACUUUCCACAAGUAUGUAGUAGAGUUGUUGACUGAGGCUGUGACUUUCAUUGAGAAGCUUGAAAGCCAUUUGCAGGCCGUAAGAAGCAUCCCUCAGAUACCGAACACCAUGAAGAAUAUGGACACUGCUUUGACAAAAACAGAGGUGCUCAUGAUGGAGUUGGAGGAGCUGGCAGAGCAAAUAUUGAAAUGGAGAGAACAGCAAAAACUGUAUUCUGACAGCAUCUGCAGUACUGCUGAAUUGGACUUUGACUUAUCUUUAACCUAACAAAUAAUUUUCCUCAGAUAGGAUGGCUAUUCAAAGAACUACCUUUUUGUGGUCUUCUGUGAAAGCUACAACAUAGUUGUGCUUUAAUCCAACAGGGACUUUGUAGGUUAUAUUUCUGUUCUUAUGUAACAGAUCUCCCACUAUUUAAGGAAAAAAAAAAAAAAAGAAAAAAGGACAAUGAGCAGUGGCUCAUAGGAAGACAGACUACCGAGAAGACUGUUACAGCGUUCCUUUUUGAAAUAGUUGGACAAGAUUCCCCUGGAGCCUCUAUCUUCAAUGCAAACUUGUUUUGAUAUUUCUUAUGCACUUGGUAUAGUGUUUCUCUUCAUUUUUGUAAGCAUCUUGAUAAUACACUGUAUUUU